AUGAUCAGAGAGAACUGUUACAAGAUAAUCCUUCUUUACAGAAAAGCUAUAGGUAAAUUGUUAUACAUUGUCACUGUCACCAGACCAGAUAUUUCCACAGCAGUUGGGAUCCUAAGCAGAAAGGUUUCCAAACCAACACAGAUGGACUGGAACGCAGUUAAGAGAGUAAUUUGUUAUUUAAAAGGAACGAUUAACAAGAAGCUUAAACUCUCAGCAAGCACAAGUCACAAGUUAACAGGACAUGUUGACUCAAAUGAUAGAAAAUCCACAAGUGGAUAUUUAUUCUCAAUUGGAGAAGAAAUAAUCAGCUGGAUAAGAAAGAAACAGUCUUCCAUAGCACUGUCAUCUACAGAGGCUGGCUGA